GAGAAAGCCCACACUCUGCCGCUAGCAUCUUCCUCCCCCCCCCCUUCGGCAUUUUCGUGACACGCCCUGCGCCCGCCGUGACAUGAGGCCGCUCCUCAGAUCCAUUCUGCUUGCAAGGCCCUCCGGUUCUCCUGCCGCAUGCCGGAUCCUAGACCUCCGUCGACUGCAUCUGAGUCCAAGGUUAUCACUCUGUAUCCGGUGUCAGCCUCAUCUGCAACAGCAGCCGCUUCGACUCCCCCAACAGCACUUCCGAUGGUUUUCUUCCGAGGGAAAGCCUCCCGAUAGCGGUAAUAAAGGAGAUAGCCCGUCUCCGGAUUCCUCCGGUACCCCGUCGAGUACCCCUUCUCCUCAGUCAGAGCUUAGGGAUCUGCCUUCCCAGAUGGAGAAUAGACGUCUAAAUAUGCACAGGAAGUUCUCCGCUGCCAUGGAUGAUUUACAGGCGGCCAUGUCUCGUGCCGGCCAGAAAUUGAACGAGAUUACGGGGUAUUCUGACAUUGAGGCAUUGAAAAGGUCGAUUGAACAGCGAGAGCAACAUGUGAAAGCAUCUCGCCAGGCCGUGCGGAAUGCGAAAGAAGAGUACCAAGCUGCGAUAAGCCGUCGGUCGGCCUCACAACGAGAGGUUAACGAACUGCUCCAACGGAAGCAUGCCUGGAGCCCAACAGACCUCGAGCGUUUCACCGAACUCUAUCGAUCGGACCACGCGAACGAGCAGGCUGAAACCACUGCGCAGGAUCUGCUCGUCCAGGCGGAGCGCGUCGCUGAUGAGGCUCAAACAGGCCUCGCCCGUUCCAUCCUUUCACGGUACCAUGAGGAACAGAUUUGGAGUGACAAGAUUCGAAGGGCGAGCACAUGGGGAACCUGGGGAUUGAUGGGUUUCAACGUGCUGUUGUUCAUUGUUGUGCAGUUGGGAUUGGAGCCCUGGAAGAGAAAACGGCUGGUGGGUGGAUUUGAAGAGAAGGUCCGGGAGGUUAUCCAGGAAGAGGGGCUCAGGAGUGCACUAUUGAGAGCUCCUCCUGUGGGUGAACGAGGCGGACCUUCCGGAGCAGCACAGUUCGUCGCAGACAAAACUGCUGCGGUUGGCGGCGAGGUUGCCGAAGCGGCAGAUUCACUUGAGGUAGUAGCUGCCGUAGGGGAAGCUCCCCCUGCAGCUGCAGAGGUGGCAGAUGCUACAGAAGCUAUCACAGGAGAAAAUAUAGCGGCUAUCGAAGUUGCCGCGGAGGCACCAUCGGAACCGGUAGUGGACGAACGACCGUGGAUCGACUACAUCAAAGAGGAGGUGACGGGAAAAGUCGAGGAACUUUUCGGCGAGGAAGUGGUAGCCAUAAAACGAGUUGACCUGACCAUUACAAUCCUGGAAAGCGUAGCGGUUGGAACUUUCAUCAUGGCUACACUAUCGUUACUAUGGUCUAGCAGGUAA